UGACUAAUACUAAUUCUAUAAUCCUAACCUACUCCAAUCACCAAACACUUCGCCGGGACAGAUUAGAUGCUGCCGUCGCCGUUCUCUAUCUCCGGCGAUGAAAUCUCUCACUUCCACUUCAGCUCUACUUCUUUCUACUUCGUCGCCGUCUUUACGAUCUUCUCUCUUACCAACUCUCCGACCUCUUCUUUAUCGAGCUCGCCUCCGCAACAAGCUUAAUCUGAGAAGAUUGAGAAAUGGAACUUGCCGGGCAGAGUUUGCAAACGAUGUGCCAUACGCCGCUGCUAUUGGUGCUUGCAUUUUGAGCUCGUGGGUUUUCCCGACUACUUACACGGAGGAGGACGAUGGUGAAUCCACAAUUGAUUCUGCUGAUGCGAGGUUUGCUGUCAUGGGAAUUAUCAGCUUCAUUCCGUAUUUUAAUUGGAUGAGUUGGGUUUUCGCUUGGUUGGAUACUGGGAAACCGCGUUAUGCUGUUUAUGCUCUUGUGUAUUUGGCUCCAUAUUUAAGCACCAAUCUGUCUCUAUCUCCUGAGGAUAGCUUUCUACCCGUUGCUAGCAUCCUCUUGUGCAUCUUCCACAUUCAGCUGGAAGCAUUCCAAAAAGAUGGAAACUUUCAGGUGUUGGAUAAAUUUACCGGUACUGGAACUUCAAUAGCUGGGAAGAAAGAUGUAAGAAUGUCAGAAAAGGAGGAAACAUAUGAUCUUAAGAAGUUGCCUUCAGCAGAUGAGAAAAGGAGGUGGGAAAUUUCUAGAAGACCUGAAAAUCCCGAGCACUUGAAUGAAGACGGAGAAGAUCCUAGUUCAAAGAAGCAUUAAAUUUGCAUGUUCAAGGCUGAGUUUUGACGGGUCUAAUGCCAAUCCUUGGAAGGAGCACAUCAUAUACUGGAGUGUAACUGUGUAGGUAGUUCACUGACCAAACAAUAAGCAUCUUCUGUACACAACAGAUUGAUCUUAACGUGCUAUGAUUCAACUCUGCAGCAAAUAUCUGAAUGGUCUCCUAUCAAGAUUGGACCAGGGCCUACCAUCUUUUCCCAGUUGUAUGUUGUUUCUCUUCCCGAGUUCUAUAUAUCAAGGGAAGUUUGUUUUCUUAGUAUUUUUACGUUGAACAAAGGUUCAUGCUGUAUUGGCAGGUCUGAGCUCAUAAAUUGUGUACCCUCGUGAAGAAUUUUCAUCAGUGUUUUUGAUCUGCAAUCUUAAAUUCCAGUGGAUGCAGAACACUAUUUAUCACAAUUUCAUAGCUUAUAAAUAA